AUUGAAAGAAAAGAUCGGUGUGUGAAGGAUGUGGACGAUGGUGAGGAAGGUGUGGGAAUUGGCGUUGUUGAGAUCCAACGCAUCAGAAGCAAUUACGCAUUCGGACAUGGGUGAAUUGGAGCAGUUACCCGCUGACAUUUUGAUGCAAAUUCUGAGGCUUUUGGGUCCGAAAGAAGCUGCAAAAUUGAGUGUGGUUUGCAAGGCUUUCAGAUCCCUUGUGUUUGAUAAUCGCCUUUGGAUUCAAUUUCUUCAGACCCACCAAGCUGAACCCUCUUGGGAUUCUCUCUUCUUUGCUGAGACCGCAUUGAGCUCUGGGUACCCUCUUCCAUCCUUUGUUGGCCAUAGACCUCAACUAUCAUUCAAGCAUAUUUAUGGCCAGAGAGCACAAGUUCCUGGUUCUAUUAUUAUUGAUGGCGGUUCUGGCUAUUGCAAAUUUGGUUGGAGCAAAUACGCAUGUCCAUCAGGCCGAUCAGCAACAUUUUUGGAAUUUGGUAACAAUAACAUUGAGUUGCCAAUGUAUACUAGGCUUCGACAUUUUUUCACAACUAUUUAUAACAGGAUGCAGGUGAAACCAAAUAAACAACCAAUUAUUGUUUCUAUACCAAUAUGCCAUUAUGAAGAUACUGAAUCAGCUAAAGCAUCAAGACAACAGCUUAAAGAAGCAAUUUAUGCUUCCUUGUUUGACAUGAAUGUUCCUGCUGUUUGUGCUGUCAACCAGGCAACUCUUGCUCUUUAUGCUGCAAAACGAACUUCUGGAAUAGCUGUUAAUAUAGGUUUUGAAGUCACAUCUAUAGUUCCAAUUUUAAAUGGUAAAGUAAUGCGCAAGGUGGGUGUGGAAGUCAUGGGACUGGGCGCACUGAAACUUACAGGAUUUCUUAGGGAGAAGAUGCAACUCAAUAACUUAAGUUUUCAAUCUUUUUAUACUGUUCGCACAUUGAAAGAGAAGUUAUGUUAUGUUGCUCUUGAUUAUGAAGCUGAGCUAUCAAAAGAUACACAAGCAUCAUUUGAAGAUGUAGAAGGAUCAUUUACACUUUCAAAAGAGAGGUUUCAGACAGGAGAGAUCUUAUUCCAGCCACAUCUUGCUGGAGUGCACGCUAUGGGUUUGCACCAGGCCAUAGCUCGUUGUGUGGAACAUUGCCAUUCUGCUGAAUUAGCAGGCGACAGUGAUUGGUAUAAGACUAUAGUUUUAUCUGGAGGAACUGCAUGUUUACCAGGUUUGGCAGAAAGGAUAGAAAAGGAACUCUAUGCCUUGCUUCCUCCAUACAUGUCCAAUGGAAUUAGAGCCAUACCUCCUCCGUUCGGUGCUGAUACACCAUGGUUUGGAGCUAAGAUUAUUGGCAAUUUGAGCACCUUUCCUGGUCCUUGGUGUGUGACAAAAAAGCAGUUCCGUCAGAAGCCUAGACUCAACCUCAUAUGGUGAUUAUUUUGUACACAAUUUUAUCCAAAUUAUGCACCCUCCUCCAAAGGGGCAGGAACAAAGAAGUGAAUAUUGGCAGCUGCUCCUGUGUGUAAAAAUAUAAUGAUUUCCUUGUUAAUAAGACCUAUAAACCAUAGUAAGCAUUCAGCUUGUUAAGAAUAAUAAGAUACAAUAGAAAAAUCACGAGUGUGAAGAAAUUAAUAUAAUUGAAGAGCAAAACCACAAGGUGUGGUGUUUGGUGUAAUUAGAAUAAUUAUUUGGGAUGUUCUAGUUUUAUGUUGAAGUGAGAUGCACCAUUUAAUAGAAUGUGAUAAACUUCUAUCAUGUUCUACUCUACAACUUGUUUUUCUCUUUGAAUUUGAUUUUUUUUUUUCCGUCU